CACCUGCUGCAAGACAUUAGCUAGUACAGGUGCAUUUGCUUUGUGACCUGCUAGCUUUAACUAUGAGUGCCUUUGAUCCACAGGCACAUUCUCCACCACGCUGUGGGCCACAAUUUCCCAGUAUUGGGCAGGAGCCUCCAGAGAUGAAUAUCUACUGUGACACCAUCUUCCAUCCCCAGACAAUGCCUAGUCCUCAGCGACCUUCAAACUUUGAAACAGGCGAUUACAGCACCACUGCAAAUCCUUACCUGUGGCUGAAUGGACCUUCCAUCACACCUCCUCCAUAUCUUCCAGGAUCCAACUCAAGCCACUUUAUGCCUCAGGCAUAUGGAAUGCAGAGACAGCUACUGCCUAACAUGCAUGGCUUGGGAAGUUCUGACUUAGGUUGGCUUUCUAUUCCUUCUCAAGAAGAACUUAUGAAACUGGUGAGACCUCCAUACUCUUACUCUGCAUUAAUAGCAAUGGCAAUACAUGGAGCCCCAGAUAAAAGACUGACACUGAGCCAGAUCUACCAGUAUGUUGCUGAUAACUUUCCUUUCUACAACAAGAGCAAAGCUGGAUGGCAGAAUUCAAUUCGACACAACCUGUCUCUAAACGAUUGCUUCAAGAAAGUACCAAGAGACGAAGAUGAUCCAGGAAAGGGCAAUUAUUGGACCUUGGACCCAAACUGUGAAAAAAUGUUUGACAAUGGAAACUUCCGCAGAAAGAGGAAAAGAAAGUCCGACGUCAGCCCAAAUGGACAGCUAUCUUCUGAUAAACCUGAAGGGAGUCCACUAAGUGAGAGUCCUAAGAAUGGAGAGCAUCAGGACAUGUUGGGAAAUUCAUCACCAGGAACAGACGACUCCCCUGAAAAGAUGUCACCUCCUCCAUCUACAGCCCCUUGCCUUAAUAACUUUCUCUCCAGCAUGACUGCAUAUGUUAAUAGUGCAAUCCCAGUCAGUAGGUCGGUUCCACUUGGACUCAGUAAUGAAACCUCUGAUAAGAUGGGACAGAACAUGGUUGGUUUCAGUUCCUACACUCCUCUUUCAAAUAUGCCAAACCAUGGGGGGUCUGACUGGUCAUCUACUGUAUCGUCAAAUCCUUUUGGCUACAGCAGUUCUGUGUUCAACCAAUUCACUCCUCAUUUCUACAACAGUAUCAAUACAAACAAUACUCUCUUUAACAGAGAGGGCACAGAAGUAUAACUAGACGGUACCAAUAUUAUAGCCGCCAUGGCAAACUCUUUGUUGACUUGUCAAUUCAAUAGCUUGCUUUUCACAACUGCUCUACACAGUUUUCUUUACUUUUAUCCAACAGGCAGCUGCUGUGGUUUGGAAGUUUUAGUGCCUUGCUUUUAUGGUGUUUCCAAGCUUUUAUAUCAAGGCAAAUGGUGCUUAGUGAUGCAUGGACUAAUAGCAGGGUGGGACACUGUAUUAAGUACAUCUUAAAUCAAAUAUAAAUGACUCUCAGUGUACUUACGCCUUUUUCUGUCAAUGAAUUUUUUUUUUUUUUUUUUAAAAACAAAACAAAAAAGUUACUCAGAAUUUGUUUUACACUGACCUUUAUACUGUAACCACCUGAUGUAAAACCGUAGUAAAAUACUGUAAAUAAUCAGAAAGGUGUAUCUUGAAAGAUAUGUGAAAAACGAUCAUCUCAAAUUAAAACAAUGCUUUUCAUACUUUAUUAAGUGGAUGUAAUUUUGUCUGCCAACAUGUAUUUAUAAAUGUUUACUUUUGUAAAUAAUGAUGUAUAAAAUGCGCGGGGAGACUGUGUCUAUGGCUACUUAUA